CCACCAACACAUUGAAGGAAAGAAAUAAAUUCAUUUUGAUAGAUAUCGAUCGAAAUGGGUUUCACUAGUAAUCUUGGGUUAUCACUUUUCCUACUAUCACUGUUUUUGAAAGGUUCGAUGGGUCAAUCAGGGUGCACGAAUGUUCUCAUUGGAAUGGCUCCAUGUCUAAACUAUGUUACGGGAAGUUCCAAAACACCAUCUUCUUCUUGUUGUUCAUCUCUUGCAAAUGUUGUUAAAUCACAACCACAGUGCCUUUGCACUGCUCUUGAUGGUAGCACUAUGGCGUCACUAGGAAUCAGUAUCAACAAAACUAUCGCAUUAGCACUUCCAGCUUCAUGCCAUGUGAAGACCCCACCUGUUAGUCGAUGUGGUGGUGGAAAUAAUGCACCGGUGAUGGCUCCAGUUAGAUCUCCCGAACAGUCACAUGGUGAAUACUUGAAAGGACCUUCACCAGCGAGCAUAUUUUUCGAAGGAUCCAAACAAGUUAUGUCAACCGGUGAAACAUCUGAUGUUGCUUGUUUACGUAAGUAUAUGCACCACAUGGUCUUAUCAGGUAUUGUGGUCAUGGUGGGUUUGUUGCCUUGAAGGCUUGAACCAUUAGCACAAUAUCUAAGUGACUCGAUCCUUUGGAGAUCUACUAUAUGUAAAAAAAUAAAUGAUGUGUGUUUGCAAUUAUGUGUUGUUUGUUGUUUUCUUUUCAUGUCAUCUAUUAAGCAUGUAAUGUUGUUUUGAGUAUUUGUAAUCGAUGUUUCUUCCAUGCACGAGUCUCCUCUUGUAUUGUAUGGUGAAAUUUGGUUCCAUUUUAUAUAAUUAGUGAGCAAUUUUAAAUC